CGGUUCUUUCCUGUGUUUCUGCAGCGCUGUUGGAAGAGAGAGAAGGCCAUGGACCGUGUAGACCAGCUCCCCCUGCCCAGUCUCCAGUGGUACGCCGCCUUCAGCUGCCUCUCCCUCCUCUACGUCCUCAUAUACGGAGUGACGUCUCCCGCUGGGCUCCUCAGCUCGCUACAGAACGACCUGUGGUGCUCAGCGGCCAUUCUGAACAUGGGAUGCUGCCUUCUCUUUCUUCUGGCCAGCUUCAUCCAGAGCCUGGUCUUUGGAAGACUGCAACCUGUUGAGCAGCAACACAUGAGGGACAAGUUCUGGAACUUUGUGUUCUACAAGUUCAUCUUUGUGUUCGGGGUGCUGAAUGUGCAGGAGAUGAACGAGAUGAUGGGAUGGUGUAUCUGGUUCUCAUUCCUCGGGACACUCCUCAUCACAGAGCAACUCUGCAAGGACCGCUUUCAGCUGUUGUCCUUCUCCCCUAACACUGUGGCUUACACCCACGCCAAGAUGCUAGUGUUGCUAGUGAUGGUGUUCCUAGCCUGCAGUGGUCUGUUCAUGGUGGCUGCUGUCGUUGGCUGGCAACACGGAUUCAGCCAUUUUGCCUUCCUCUAUUCCGAGGUGUUCAUUCUCUUCGCCAGAACCAUGCACACCAUCAUUCGGUAUGUGAUCCAUCUGUGGGACAUGAAUCACGACGGGACGUGGGAAAACAGGUCUACGUAUACCUACUAUGCUGAGCUGGUUCUUGAGCUGGCUGCUCUGAGCGUCGAGUUUCUUCACCACAUCCACAUGUUGAUGUGGGCCAACAUGUUGCUGAGUGUGGCAAGUCUCAUUCUCCUCAUGAAGCUGCGGUUCUUGUACCAGGAGAUUCAGAGACGCCUUCGCAGGCACCACAACUACGUCCUCGUCAGUCGCACCCUUGAGACCAGGUUCACUCUGGUGCAACAAGAGGAGUUGGCGGGAGGAGAAGAGAUCUGCGCCAUUUGCUGGGAAACCAUGACAACCGCCAGGAGACUCCCCUGUAGACACAUCUUCCACACAGCUUGCCUCAGACUGUGGCUUGAACAGGACACGGUCUGUCCGACGUGUCGAUUCUCACUGAGUACAGAGCUGCAGACUGGAGGUGUGAGAGGUGGGGAGGGGAGGAGGGGAGGGGAGGGGAGGGAGGGAGAGGGGGAAGAGGGAAUGAGGGACAGGUGGCGAAGGUUCCGUCGCCAUAGAAACUGGCUCCUCCAUUUCAACGGAGCCUCAAUUGCCAGCUGGCUCCCCACCUUCUCCGUGGAACUGCAUGAGGACGGAGUGAUAGGCCCAGACUUGGCCGAUCUCCACAGAGGGGCCCAGCAGAUCAGAGCAAUGUUUCCCCACGUUCCGCUGCAAGCAAUAACCCUCGAUCUCGCAGACACCCGCUCCAUUUCCCAAACUGUGGAGCACAUUCUAAAUAAUGCCAUCUACAUACCCUGACAAUGACGGAACUGCUCCGCAAGCCUCUCUAACACCAGACCCACCCACCACAUCACCGGAGGCACGAAGCUCUCGGGAAGAGCCACACCCACUCCAUGGUAACAUUGAGGAGGAAACAGAGAGAGAGGGGAGAGAGAGAAGAAGAGGACGAUAGCAAAGUACAGUCAGUAUUGCGAAGGAGGAGACAGGUGUCAUCAGAGAGUAUUAGAGACAAUCGGGGUAGGGGUUUCCCCCAUGACGGGGGAGGAAAUCAAGAGGUGGAGGAGGAUGUGAUGUCAUUCUCAUCCCUCCAGCGAAGGAAGAGGGAGCUCCUUGCCAACGCCAAGAGAUUGUUCUUACAGAGACACCUCCAGUGACCUACCAAACCUUUGAACAUGCAUUUCUUUACCAGAUCAGAUCAUUUUGCUCAUCUCUCUCUCUCUCUCUCUCUCUCUCUUCAUCAUACUCCUCUGUAUAUACAAACACACAUUUCUUUUUUUUUCUGUCAAAAGAUGAAAAGCACUAAAGUGCAAACCCUCGGCACACUCUAUAGAAAUGUGGAACCCAUACACAAAGUGUGGCACCACCACAAUUGAUGGUCUUGACCAUGCAUCAAAAAGAACAGCAUGUUAUGCACCAUUUCCAUGGUCAAUAAGGUUGGGGGGAAAAUGGCCAGCCCUAUUUCUGUUUUGAGGGCCCAAAAAUAUAUAAGGUUGAAAAAUUGCCACCCUUUCAUCUCUCAUUAAUUUUCGUAUUACCCGUGGAUUGUUUAGUGC